AUGGUAAUUACCGGAUUUAAUUUUAAGAAUAAUUCCAAAGCUAGGGUAGAUAGGGUAAAUAUUGGAUUCAAGUUGGAAAGGCUUGGUGGGGGAGGGACUAAACUUGUUAAAAAUUAUGAAAGUUUGAUAUGGAGCACGGGACUUGAACCCAAUGAUCUUCCCUCUCGUUUUAAGUUCCGAUUACCCGAUAGCUUCUUUUUUGUAACCUUCAAAUAUUCCGGACUAAAGAAUCAAAUCAACUUGGCAAUGGAAUGCGAAAACUAUUUCGCCGAUGAAUUUAAACCCGACAAGUCUUUACCCUGUUUCGACUGCAGUAUCUGCCUCGACUUCGCUAAAGAUCCGGUGGUCACUCUAUGCGGCCACCUCUAUUGCUGGCCGUGUAUCUACAAAUGGUUAUCUUUCCCCACCGAUUCCGGCGCUAAUCCGCCAUGCCCCGUCUGCAAAUCCGAAAUAUCCCACACCUCCGUCGUCCCUCUUUACGGCCGCGGUAAAACAUUUUCCGACAACGAACCUGGUGGCAAGACUACAAACACCACCGCCGUUAUCCCGCCUCGGCCACACGCUGCCGUCUUAUCCUCGCCCAGUUCCUCCCGUCAACCACCAUACGGAAGUUUCAGUGACGGCGUCGAUGGUUACAAUCCGAAUGUAUGGAUGUACGGAGAAAUGAUUUACUCGAGGGUGUUUGGGAACUCGCAAAGUUUGUAUACGUUUCCGAAUUCGUAUCAUCUGGCUGGGAGUAGUAGCCCUAGGUUACGAAGGCGAGAGAUGCAGGUUGAUAGAUCUUUGAACAGAUUGACUUUUUUUCUCUUUUGCUGUUUCUUCUUGUGCCUUCUCCUUUUCUAGUCCAGGGGCAUGUUAGGUGAAGAUUAAUUUAAGAAGUCAAUAUCUGACGGGUGUAUCUCUUGAAUCUCAUUGAAUAAGAGGCAUGUUAGAUACACUCUUGAAUCUUAUUGAAUAAGAGGCGGAGGAGCAGAACCAAAUUAUUAAUUAUGGUAUUAAUACAUUAGACGUUAUAGUGUUGUAUACUUGGCAUUAUGUAUAUUUGAGAUUAUAGAUUAUAUAUACUUCUUACUUGUACAUAUUUAUAGACAAAAUUGCAAAAGCGGUCCAAAAAAAUUAUGUUUUUGAUAAAAAAAAAAAAGGUUUAAUGAUGCAUUAUUAGUGUGAUCUUGGAUAUUAAUAGUGAUUUUGGU